GGGCGGCGCGGGACCGAAGCCGAGGCCCGAAGCGGCGCGCACGGGCGGGAGCGCAGCCAGGCGGAGCCCUCGGAGCGGCGCGUGAAGCGGGAGAAGCGCGAUGACGGCUACGAGGCCGCCGCCAGCUCCAAAACCAGCUCCGGAGAUGCCUCGUCACUCAGCAUCGAGGAGACCAAUAAACUCCGGGCAAAGUUGGGGCUGAAACCCUUGGAGGUCAAUGCUGUCAAGAAGGAGGCGGGCACCAAAGAGGAGCCCGUGGCAGCCGAUGUCAUCAACCCCAUGGCCUUGAGACAGCGAGAGGAGCUACGGGAGAAGCUGGCAGCCGCCAAAGAAAAGCGCCUCCUGAACCAGAAGCUGGGGAAGAUAAAGACACUGGGGGAGGAUGACCCAUGGCUGGACGACACCGCGGCUUGGAUUGAGCGGAGCCGGCAGCUUCAGAAGGAGAAGGACCUGGCGGAGAAGAGGGCCAAACUGCUGGAGGAGAUGGACCAAGAGUUUGGGGUCAGCACUCUGGUGGAAGAGGAGUUUGGGCAGAGGCGGCAGGACCUGUACAGUGCCCGGGACCUCCAGGGCCUCACCGUGGAGCAUGCUAUCGAUUCCUUCCGAGAAGGAGAAACUGUGAUCCUCACCCUCAAGGACAAAGGGGUGUUGCAGGAGGAGGAGGAUGUCCUGGUGAACGUGAACCUAGUGGAUAAGGAGCGGGCAGAGAAGAACGUGGAGCUACGGAAGAAGAAGCCCGACUACCUGCCGUACGCGGAGGAGGAGAGCGUGGAUGGCUUGGCGCAGCAGAAACCCCGCUCCAUCCUGUCCAAGUACGACGAGGCGCUGGAGGGCGAGCGGCCGCACUCCUUCCGCCUGGAGCAGGGCGGCAUGGCCGACGGACUCCGCGAGCGGGAGCUGGAGGAGAUCCGGGCCAAGCUGCGGCUCCAGGCUCAGUCCCUGAGCACGGUCGGGCCCCGGCUCGCCUCCGAAUACCUGACGCCCGAGGAGAUGGUGACCUUUAAAAAGACCAAACGGAGGGUGAAGAAGGUCCGCAAGAAGGAGAAAGAGGUGGUAGUGCGGGCUGAUGACUUGCUGCCUCUUGGGGACCAGACUCAAGAUGGGGACUUUGGUUCCAGAUUGCGGGGCCGAGGUCGGCGCCGAGUGCCUGAGGCAGACGAGGAGGCCCCGGAGGAGGAGGAGAAGGAGCCGGUGCCUCAGCCCCCGCAUGUGUCCGGGCGCUGCUCGAGUGCUUCGUCGACUCCCUUCAUGCUCAUUGCAACACCCUGUGAGGAAGGUUCUGUUAUCUCCGUCUUCCAGACGAGGACGUGGGAGUGGCUUCUGGGUCUCGAUGGCACCUACCCAGAAACUUCCGGGUUUGCCCACAGCUGCUCCCUCCCCCAGGUGGUGGAGAUUGUGAAGAAGCUGGAGUCCCGCCAGCGGGGCUGGGAGGAAGACGAGGACCCAGAGCGGAAGGGGGCCAUCGUGUUCAACGCCACGUCGGAGUUCUGCCGCACCCUGGGGGAGAUCCCCACCUACGGCCUGGCCGGCAACCGUGAGGAGCAGGAGGAGCUCAUGGACUUUGAGCGGGACGAGGAACGCUCGGCCAACGGCGGCUCUGAAUCAGAUGGGGAGGAGAACCUCGGCUGGAGCACAGUCAACCUGGACGAGGAGAAGCAGCAGCAGGAUUUCUCUGCCUCCUCCACCACCAUCCUGGACGAGGAGCCCAUCGUGAACAGAGGGCUGGCGGCCGCCCUGCUGCUGUGUCAGAACAAAGGGCUGCUGGAGACCACCGUGCAGAAGGUGGCCCGCGUGAAGGCGCCCAACAAGUCCCUGCCGUCGGCUGUGUACUGCAUCGAGGACAAGAUGGCCAUCGACGACAAGUACAGCCGGCGGGAGGAGUACCGCGGCUUCACCCAGGACUUCAAGGAGAAGGACGGCUACAAACCCGACGUCAAGAUCGAGUAUGUGGACGAGACGGGCCGGAAACUCACGCCCAAGGAGGCUUUCCGGCAGUUGUCACACCGCUUCCACGGGAAAGGCUCAGGCAAGAUGAAGACUGAGCGGCGGAUGAAGAAGCUGGACGAAGAGGCGCUCCUAAAGAAGAUGAGCUCCAGCGACACGCCCCUGGGCACGGUGGCCCUGCUCCAGGAGAAGCAGAAGGCCCAGAAGACCCCGUACAUCGUGCUCAGCGGCAGCGGCAAGAGCAUGAAUGCGAACACCAUCACCAAGUGAAUCCGAUCUCCCUUCAGAUACCCCCCACCCCCGGCUUUAAUAUUAAAUAAAGUUCCCUCCUUAUUUUUUC